GCCUCUCAUGAUUUUGACCUUAGUGAGUGCUGCAACCUUUUCGCACGUGAAAGGUACCUUUCCCUUCCUUAAUGGUGAUAUUUUAUAACCCAGUAUGCUAGUGGAUUAUCUUUGUAAACUGUGCCUGCUCUCUCUCUAUCUGCAUAGUUCGAGGAGGCUGAAGAUCUGUGCUACUUAUCAUCUGGUUUGCAUUCAGCGAAAAGAAGAAAACGAUGGAGAUAAAUUGCCUUCGAAGAUGCAAAUGUACAAGGAUUUUCUUGUGGGUUCAAUUUGUAUUAGGACUGCUGGUUGUGAUAGUAAGUUCUGCUAGUCUGGUGAGAUUCUACACCGUGGGCAUCCUGUUUAAUGACGACGAUCUCUGCAGGCACUUCCAUAGGCCCAAAGAAGUCUUCUCAGAGGAGGUCUCUUCAAGGCUCCGACAAAUCCACCUCAAAGUCCAAAACUUGCAUACCAAAUUAGAGCAGGCAGUUAAGGACAUGGAGAGUAAUGCCAAGUCAAAGGACCCGAAUGCUCUCAAAGCGGAAUACAUUGAGCACAGAAGUUUUCUUGAAGUGGAUGUCAUGGGAGAUCUGGAAGAAAUUAGGCUCUCUACGGAACAACAACAACCAAAAGAACAGGAACCGGCAGAUCCAUUGCAGGACUUCUUUCUAUCAGGUGAACUAAAAAUGUAUAUCAGGAAGAAAGAGAACAGGCUUGGAAAAAUCAACAUUUUGGGGACCACUGGGACGUAUACAAGUAUUGGACAUGCCUGUGUUGUGAUGAAGAAAGAGGUUGAACAGUACAUGAGCUAUGACAUUGGAGGUUACUGCAAAGAUGACUGGAAUUUGGCACAGAAGCUGUUGUUACAGGGAUGCGACCCACUGCCUAGGAGAAGAUGCUUGGUCAGAGCUCCUAGGCAAUUUCAGAAGCCUUUGCCUAUCAAUGAAUCCCUCUGGAAGAUUCCUGAUGAUAGAAAUGUCAGAUGGAACAAUUACCAAUGCAAGAACUUUGACUGCUUGACAAGCAACAAGCCAAACAAGGGCUUCUCCAAAUGCUCUGGGUGUUUUAACCUAGCCAAAAAUGAGGCAACCAAAUGGGUAAGGAAUAGUUCAAUGAAUGCAGAUUUCCUUAUAGCUGAAGUACUGAGAAUCAAGCCUGGGGAGGUCAGGAUAGGAUUGGAUUUUAGUGUUGGAACAGGCACUUUUGCUGCCAGGAUGAGAGAACACAACGUGACAAUAGUUUCUGCUGCUAUCAACUUAGGAGCACCAUUCAAUGAGAUGAUUGCUCUAAGAGGGCUUGUUCCCUUAUAUAUAACUAUCAAUCAGAGGCUGCCCUUCUUUGACAAUACAUUGGAUCUCAUACAUACAGGCGGCCUUCUUGAUGCCUGGAUUGAUUUGCAGCUGUUGGAUUUCAUUAUAUUUGACUGGGACAGAGUGCUGAGACCAGGGGGAUUUCUUUGGGUGGACAAGUUUUUCUGCACAAGGGCGGAUUUGGAUGACUAUCUCUACAUGUUUCUCCAGUUGAGAUACAAGAAACACAAAUGGGUGGUCACCCCCAAGAAUAACAAAGAGGUAUACUUCUCUGCAUUAUUGGAAAAGUCCCCAAGACCCAUAUAAUUCUAAACCUGUUUUUGUUCUUGACAAGUCCAUAUCUUGUUGUCAUUCUUCCACUUAUUUUUCCAGGAUCGUCCUGGUCAUGGGUUUUAAAUCUUUUUAACACCCUGAAACGGUGAAAAAGAAAAUGUAUGUUUUCCUUGCACUCAAUGAAGCUUCCUUUCCUUCAUUAGUAUACACCUUGACUGAAUUCAAGAUAAUAAAGCUGUAAACCAAUUUGGGACA